AGAUCCGGUUCGAGCGAGAUAAGUCUGCCACACUAAGCUCGAUUUGGUUGGUCGGGAAGCGCCCCUUCCGGAUGAGACCGUGCGAUCUCGCGCUUCUUCCGCUCCGCUCCGCUCCGUCCCGUUGCAGAUAUUUGACUCUUCGACCCUUCGUUUGGAGUUAUUGCAAACAUCGGAGGCGAUGACGGUGGCUCCUCUCCCUUCCAUCUCUUCCUUCCCAAGUUCAGCGCCUGCCAGACCUAAGCUCUCACUCUUCCUCUCCGUACUCCCCCUAAAGAAGGGUUUCUCCAGGGUCUUGGCCGCCUCCUCCCUCGCCACCGUUCCCCCCAACCCCAAAGACGACUCCUUCACCCUCCCUAACUGGAGGAACUCCGGGAACGGGUCCCGGAGCAAACAGCUCCGGCUCCACGACGCCUUCCUCCAACUCGAGAACAUGGUCGCGGAGGGACAGAAGCCCAACGCAUCUCACGCCACACAGCUCCUCUACGGUUUCUGCAAGUCCAACAAGAUCCGGAAGGCCAUUCGCGUCAUCGAGUUGAUGGUCGCCUCCGGAGCCACACCUGACCCGUCUACUUACACUUUCCUAGUGAACCAUCUCUGCAGACGGGGCAAUAUCGGAUACGCCAUGCAAUUGGUCGAUAAAAUGGAGGAGCUUGGGUUUCCGCCUUCCACCAUCAUCUACAACUCCCUUGUCCGGGGCCUUUGCAUCCAUGGCAGUUUGCAGCAAAGCUUGCAGCUUUUGGAGAAGUUGAUGCACAGGGGGUUAGUUCCCAAUGUGUUUACCUACACGUUUUUGUUAGAAGCGGCAUACAAGGAAAAGGGGGUUGAUGAGGCUGUCAGGCUACUUGAUGAGAUCGUCGCCAAGGGUGGGAAGCCUAAUCUGGUCAGCUACAAUGUUCUUCUUACCGGGUUUUGCAAGGAAGGUAGGUUGGAGGAGGCAAUGCACUUCUUCAGGAAGCUGCCAUCCAAAGGUUUUAGGCCCAAUGUUGUAAGCUACAACAUUCUAUUGAGGAACUUGUGUUACGAAGGCAGAUGGGAUGAGGCAGAGGAACUCUUAGCUGAGAUGGCCGAGAAAAAAUGUGAUCCCAGCAUUAUUACAUAUAAUAUCCUAAUAGGUUCACUUGCCAAUCAUAGUAGAACAGAACAAGCCCUAGACAUCUUGGAGGAGAUGAUGAACAAUGGAUUUAAGCCUGUAGCUGCGAGCUUUAACCCUAUAAUUGCACAAUUCUGCAGGGAGGGAAGAUUGGACAUGGUUCUCAAAUACGUGGAUAUCAUGAUGCAUAAGCAUUGCCCUCCUAAUGAAGGGACUUGUAAUGCGAUCGCUGUGCUGUGUGAAGAAGGCAAGGUGGAAGAUGCGUUCUCCAUAUUGCAAAGCUUGAGUAAGAAGCAGAAUGUUUCAACAAAUGAGUUCUUCAAAAAUGUGAUAUCAUUCUUGUGUAAGAAAGGCAACACCUUUGCAGCUUUCCGGUUGUUGCAUGAAAUUACAAAACAUGGAUUCACUCCUGAUUCUUUCACCAAUUCCUCUCUGAUUAGAGGCCUUUGCUUGGAAGGUAUGUUAGAUGAAGCUAUUGAGCUUUUUGAAGUAAUGGAGGAAAAUGACCACAAACCCAGUAUAGACAACUAUAACGCACUUAUCCUCGGAUUGUGCAAGGCUCAGCGAACAGAUCUGUCAUUCGAAAUAUAUGAGUCAAUGAUCGACAAGGGUUAUUUACCUAAUGAAAUGACAUACACCAUUAUAGUUGAAGGAAUUGCUCGUGAGGAUGAAUUAGAUUUGGCUGCAGAGGUGUUGAGAGAGUUGCACUCUAGAGACAUCCUGAGCCAAAGUACAAUUGAGCGAAUCACUAUGCGAUAUGACUUGGAUUAACUUCUAGUAGACUGCCAGUGUCUAAAUAAAAAGUUAAUGAGUUGGACUUGAGAUACAUUUCAAAAUUUUGGACUUGAAGAAAUGUAAUGAAUCACUGAUUUCCACUAUCAGCAGAGAGUGCCAUUCAGAAUACUCUCACUUACAUUUUCAGUUUUGAGAAAUUGUGUUUUUCUUUUCAAACUGUUGAUGCUCUUACAAGGGCUACUUUGGUUAAAUUGGUGACCCAUCUGUUCUGAAUUUUUCCUGAAUUAGUAAAGCAGUAUCUUGGUCACUGGUUGACUUCAUGCUGUCCCUACUUCUCCUAUCAUUGAUAGUUGGUGCUGUUUCAUGCUUCUGCAGAAAAACCAAAUAGAAAGAGUUGUGCAGAUCGCAUGAGGUUUAAACAGACACCUAAAUCUUUAUCUGCCCUUCCCACCAAUAUGAAGAUGGCCAGCAUGAGAGUUGACUAUUUGUUGAUAACAAUCAUGAAUACCAACCAGCUGAUCUCAUUAUCUCAGCCAGUCAAAAGCAAUCGGCCAAAAGUAUCAAAAGUUGAAGAUUUCAAGUUGAGCUCAUGAAUUUUUGGAUUGUAUUUACGAUAAACUGAAUCUGAAUACUUAACAGAGAAAUUUGAAAAUUUGUUUUAGUUCA